UACUGUUUUUCUUUAGAAACGAGGCAGCCUGUGCUGUGAUGUGGAUAGAGGCCCUGUCCUCACGUCCCCUGUCCCUGGGGAUCAUGGGCAUCCUAGGCCGGCACCCCGGGUGGCUGAGGCGGGACAGGCAGACAAUGGGAAACAGUUGCGUGGCCCACACCGUCUCCUCGGCUCGAGAAGGAGAGGGACAGGCGGCGAUGGCUGGACAAGGAAGUCCCUCGCCACUCACCAGGCAGAGCAGAUCUGCCUGGCUCGGGCGUGUGGUCACUCAGCAGGGUCCCACCCGCCACACUGAGCCUUGUCCUCCUAGACCCUGGAAAGGAUGGUGCCCAAGGAUCCCUGGAGGGCUGCACUGCGAUGGCCUCGAGCUCCACUUCACCGUGCUGCCCAUAGCCUUCCUUGGCCCCGAAAAUGCCACUCAGGGCAGGAAGAGGAGCUGGCCCGGGCCCUGGGAGGCAGGUGGCAUCUGUCCCGAGGAGGCUGCAUGUGCCAUGCAGUACCCCAGCAGCUGCAGAGUACAUGUUCACGAGUGGCCCCCAUCCAGAAGAGCAGGCCACCUGAGGACCACCAAUGUGACCCCAGAGGACACCACUUGGUGCAGGAGGUGUUUAUGCAUUGAUAUCAGAAAGCAGGUGCUGUUCCAGGAAUUCUCUUCGAACAAAAGAAGGAGGCCAUGAAUACCUGACACCCAGAGGCUGGGAAGCCAUCCAGACCCCUCCUGUCACCCUA